AUGGUGUUCAUAACUAUAUUGCUACUGAAUUUGCUACCAUCUUUUCGUGGUGAACCACAAGUCCCUUGUUACUUCAUUUUCGGAGACUCAUUAGUCGAUAAUGGCAACAAUAAUGGCCUUAUGACGCAAGCAAAAGCCAACUAUCUACCAUACGGGAUUGAUUUUCCUGGUGGCCCAACUGGCAGAUUCACCAAUGGUCGAAAUAUAGCCGAUAUUAUUGCUGAACUUCUAGGAUUUGACAGUUACAUUCCACCCUUUGCAACAGCAACCGGCUCAAACAUCGUUAAAGGGGUAAAUUACGGAUCUGGUGCGGCCGGAAUUCGAGAUGAAACUGGCAUACAACUGGGUGGUCGGAUCAGCCUGAAUGUACAGUUACUUAAUCAUCUAGUAACAAUUGCUCGUAUCACCGCGUUACUAGGAAACAAAACUGCCGCUAACGAGUACCUAACCAAGUGCAUAUAUACUGUUGGAAUGGGCAAUAACGAUUACAUCAACAACUACUUAAUGCCCCAAUUCUACCCUACAAGUCGUGAAUAUACGCCAGAUGAGUUUGCCCAAGUCCUUAUUGAUCAAUACAAGCAGCAGCUGACGACGUUGUAUAAGCUCAGAGCAAGAAAAAUCGCCAUUUUCGGACUUGGUUUGAUAGGUUGCAUUCCAGCGGAGUUGGGUAUGUAUGGCACAAAUAGUUCUGCAUGCGUGGAUACGAUAAACAACCAAGUCCAACUCUUCAAUGACAGGUUAAAGCCACUGGUUGAUGAACUCAAUAGCAAUCUAACUGAUGCAAAAUUCAUCUAUAUCAAUACCACCAGCAUUUCAUCUGGGGAUCCUUCAGUUAUUGGAAUUACAGUUGUAAACGCUCCAUGUUGCAUAGUAUCAACAACAUUUGCGAAGGGACAAUGUGUUCCUGGAAGUGUUCCAUGCAGGGACAGGACCAAGUACGUUUUCUAUGACAAUUUUCAUCCUGUUGAGCUUGUGAAUCUGGUCAUGGCAGGAAGAUCAUACAAUGCUCUGUUACCAAGUGAUGCAUAUCCAUAUGAUAUUCGUCGCCUGGCUCAAAUUGUGGAAACUAACAUAGGUUUCGAUGUUGAUUACAAGGUGAAUCCUGAGCCUGAUCAGGACAUGGGUCAUGAGGCCGAGGAUGGAGAACUAGAUUCUCAGUAA